GCCUUUUUUAAUUGGGCUUGUUUUCGGUGACCGCAGGCCCACGGGGAGCCGAAUCCUUGAGAGUUGGCCUGAACCAGAAGACCCGCCUUCAUUGUAUUCUCACCGGCGGUAAGCAGUGAAGACCUCCGGGCAUAGCCGAGAGUAGCUCAGUUUAUCAUCUGCACACUUUUCUUUGUCCUUUCGUUUUGUAUUGUUUCUCUACUUCUGUCUUUGCGAAGCGGAAGAAAGUGCCUAUCACCUGUUUGAAGAAAUGCCUGAGAGUAGUUCUUGGUGAAACCGCUGAAAUGUUGUGUAUGGUAGGUGAAAUGGAGGCUUGGAGUUCAUUCUGAAGCUUAGCGGAAGGCCCCGGUGGAGAGAGAGAGAGAGAGAGAGAGAGGGGAAAAUGAUUAGUAGGUUAAGUAAGCCGAGGUAUUUUUGCUCCGAUGCUCCACGGCCGUGGCUAUUUGUGGGUUUGGGCAAUCCCGGCGAUAAGUACAAAGGAACUAGACACAAUGUGGGGUUUGAGAUGAUUGAUGUUUUCUCUCAAUCGCAAGGGAUAGCUAUGAAUAGAGUCCAUUGCAAAGCUGUAUUCGGGCAAGGCAUGUCAAAAUGUUUUGUAGAUGGUGUCCCUGUUCUUCUAGCCAAGCCUCAAACGUACAUGAACUUGAGUGGUGAAUCGACAGGACCUCUUGCUGCUUAUUACAAGCUACCUCUCAGUCGUGUGCUAGUGAUCCAUGAUGAGCUGAACUUACCAGGUGGUGUACUCCGACUUAACCCAAAUGGAGGUCAUGGAAGCCACAGUGGUCUGAAGAGUGUGUUCUAUAAUUUUCGAGGCAACAGGGAAUUUCCUCGGCUAAGAAUUGGUAUUGGAAGGCCUCCCGGUCAAAUGGAUCCAAAAGCAUAUUUGCUCCAAAAAUUUAAUGCAACAGCUCAAGGACGAAUUGACGCUGCUUUACAAGAGGGAGUCGAUAUACUGAAGCUCCUGCUGUCCAAUGGGCUGGACGAGAGUGCGAGACGCUUCAACACAGAGCAAAAAUACAAGCACUUAAGGUUAGACACCACAAUAACAUGACCAACGUUUCUGAAGGAGACCAAGUAUAUACUCCCUUGUAGAUUGCCAGAGAAUGUGCACAAACAAGAGGCAAGGCAUCGAAUCAUAUACCUAAAUUGGGAAGUAACACUGCAUUGUUGUGCAGCCUAGACGGUAUCGACUAUUGAACAUGUGCUUUUACAUUAAAAUGUAGAACCUUCGAUCAGGCUUCAGCUGACCUCAGAGAUUUUGCUGAGAAUUGUCAUAUCCGAUCAGAUCUCUCAUAUAUUUGUAUAUUAUCCCAAAUCCAUACAUGAAAGCUUCAAGUGAUGGGGGUGAAUGGGAGGGUUGGUCUCUCCUGUGCGUGUGGUGCAUGGGAGCUAUCAUCAAGCAGCAAAAAUCCAAAUCCUAAACCUAAAAUCAGAGUGGCGUAGUGCUCUGUGGAUCCCAUCCUCGCUGGUCUCUUUACUGCUCCGCUUUUUUUGAAUACAAUCGUUACGCGCAGGCAAACGAAGUCUACUGCAACUCUCCCACGCACACUCAAGGAAUCAUA